AGGGUUAUAUCUGAGAGAAUGAACAGCAGUGAGUGCUCUUACUUCUAACAUGUCCUGAGCCUUAAUCCAAAGCAUAAAGCAGGGAAGCCGAUAGUCAGGAAUCGCUUGUACAACUUGAAGCAAUACCCUCAAAAGCAGCUGUGGGUGUCUGCAGAAUACUUUUGUGGAAACAACUAACUGGACAUCUUCAAGAAGGAAUAUAUUUGGUGAGUCUUCCCACCUUCAAGUUCUGCUUCUGCCUCCUCAUCCUUUCUUCAGAUCCCAGCUGCUGUUUUCUCACCCAAAGGAGGGACAGAGACAUCUGGGCACAGCAAAAGAGGCUGGAAUUAUUUUUGUCAUGGCAAUGAUGAAUCAAACUGACAAAAAUCAACAGGAAGUCCCAUCAUACCUUCAUGAUGAACCACCAGAAGGUUCAUUAAAAGACCACCCGCAGCAGCAGCCCGGAAUGCUUUCUCGUGUGACUGGUGGCCUCUUCAGUGUCACAAAGGGAGCUGUUGGUGCCACGAUUGGGGGUGUUGCUUGGAUUGGAGGGAAGAGCUUGGAAAUUACCAAAACAGCAGUCACAUCUGUGCCUUCCAUGGGAGUGGGGCUAGUCAAAGGAAGCGUCUCUGCUGUGGCUGGAGGUGUUACAGCUGUAGGAUCUGCUGUUGCAAGUAAAGUGCCUUUAACAGGAAAGAAAAAGGAUAAGUCUGACUAAAACCAAAACUGAGACGUACUUGAUUCUCCAGAAUAUUACAUCGGUGGCAUUAAAAUCUGCUAAGAUUUGGACCAUGAGAAGCCAUGUGUCUUAGACACCUUAUCUUCUAAAGAGCUGUGCAAGUAACUCGAUUUCAUCUGAAAAGGACAGAAGAAGCUUGGUUAGCACAGCCUGAAGGUUUAUUAGAGCCUAGAUUGAAGCUUUGUAUCUUGUGAAAUGUUACACUUGGUAACUGUAGAAGUGAGUAAGUGUAUUUGAAGGGAUAAUACACAUUUGAAUAUUCAUUUACUGUAAGUCUUUUGCAGUUUUGGACUAAAAUGUGAACACAGAAACUUGGUAGUCUCUGCUGUACCUUCAGUAUGAUGAGAUGCCAUUUACUGUUCUCAGUGGUUUCCACAUCCUCCUCCUAAGGAUCCUUCAGCUGUGUUUAACGGCAUUGCUGGAUGUACCUUAAUAGUUUCGGUUAUGAAACGCUAUCUGCAAGCAGCCUGUAAACUAUCAAUGACUGUAAACUAUCAGUGACUGCUUUCUGCCAGUGUGGAUUGGAGCAGAUGGAUCUGGAGGUGUGCAGAAAUUGGAAAUGUGAGUGGGAGCAAAAAAGCUUCAUGUGGUAGAAGGGAUCAUAAAGAGUAAAUGAACUUCAUGGCUUCUUAGAAAAAAAUACCUUUUUUACUAGGUGAAGCUGUGUAAAGAACUGUCUUGUCAUUUCAGUACAGCUCACAGAAUGAGCUUUAGCCUCUCUUUACGAGUCCUGAUAACCUGAAGCUUUGUCAGUUUUUACUAAAACGAAGAUUGCUCCAUCUCAGGUGUAUUUAAUGAUAUGCAUCUGUCUCCUGCAGGUGAAAACUUGCUUCUAAUAACCUUCUUAUAGACAGUAGAAAAAACGAUGGCGUCAUGGAAACAGGGCUGAUGUUUGUGGUUUUCUAGCACAACUGACUUGAAAGAAAUUCCUUUGUGUGGCUGAAAACCACUGAAGAACUAGCAAAGCUGUUGUCUCAACUCUGUGAUGCACCAGGUUAGCUGUUUAAGGAAAUGCAAGGAAUUUUUCACUACAUCUUUCUCUCAUGCUUUGCAUUUUGAUUUUUGAAUGAAAUGCAAUACUUUUAUUUAAAACAAACCAAAAAGGUAGAUGAGGCCUUAAGAAAAAAAAAAAAAAGAGUAAGUAAAUUGUAUGCUGACAGAUUCUAGAUGUCAACACACCUCAAAUGGGAACAUCUAUUGGUCCUCUGCAAUGUGUGAAGCAAAAUGCACUUGUAAUGACACAGCUUGAGGUUGCCUUAAAAUAGAAACUGUUGGAGAUCUUUUUUGUGUACUGACUGUGCAAACAAGUAACCUCUUUGGAAGCCCCUAAAAAUGCUGUGAAUGUUGUGUAUGCAGUAUUUUCUAAAAACUUGUGUUCCUUCAGAGAACUUCGAAGCACGUAAGCUGACUUUUUCAGUGGCUGUGACUGUACGAGAAGGAAAUACAGGGAGGCUUUUUAAGAAAUCAAACGUGAAAACAUAUCACUUGUCUAUAACUUAGUCUUAUACUCAUGGGUGUUGAAAGUAUGCUCUGUGUGAGUUAUGGUACAGCAGUUACCUGGUUUGUCUGUGCCACGGGUACCUCAAAUGCAGUCUGGAACAACUUUAUUUGAUAGGAGUAAUUGUUCUAUAUGUUGGUAGUAAGGUAUUUGUCACCGUAGGGAUUUGGGGUGGUGAGGAGAGCAAAAACCCAACAAACACAAUUAUCUGUUCCUUUGGUUUAAUGCACCAGUCUGCUGCAAGGUGUGAUGAGGUAAGAUUAUGCAACAAAUGGAAGACUUGUAACUGUUUUUUAUAGUCCAAAGCUAAUGGUGUAGAGUAUAGCGUAGUUCAAGGAUACCAGUGAGCUCUAGAAAUGAGGUAGCUUGGGUAUCGGAGGCAAUUUGCUGCAGCAAAUGAUUUAGUAUGGUCUGCUCCUCUGUGGCUUCCAAUAUGGAUACAUCCGCCACUGAACUAUUGAGAGUCACUGUUUGGAAUGUAGUGAUAUUUGUGACACUCAACCAAACCCUUCCUUAAUUAUUCUCUGAACACCAUGAACUGGUCAUACUCUUUUUUUUUUUUUUUUUUUUUAAUGACAUUCUCUUAAUUUUUAUACUGUUAAACUUGCUGCAAAACAAGUGUGGUCUGAGAUAAGCAAUGUUCAAUCUGUAAAGAGCUGCCAACACUUUUGUUAUGUUUUGUUCUUAACAUAUCCUGUAGUUAUUCCUUCUGAAUGUUGUAACUGAAACACUUUACAUGGCAUAUGGUUUUAGUUUUCGAAAAGAGCUUUGUCCUAUAUCCUGCAUUUUUUCCAUUCACUUAUGAAACUUGCUUUCUCUUAAAAUCUUGUUUUUAUUCUGUCCU